CUGAGCUGCUCGGCUCUCUGUGGCUGUGGGGCGCGCAAAAGCGCGGAACCUCGCCGAGAGAAUUUCUCUUCCUUCUUCUCACCUCUCUUGGCUGUGGGGAGCGUGCAGUAUUGGGACAGGCGCGCUGUGGCCAACCCCGACGGCUGGCGGAGCGCGGCCGGCGGCGAGGCGAGCUGCAACAAGAUGGCGGCGGCGGGAGCCGAGGCGGCGGCGGCGGCGGAGGAGGAGAAGCGCAUGGCAGAGGGCGACCCCGAGUCGGGGGGCGAUUCGGAGGACGAGGGCGACUCGGAUUCGUCGGGCGACGGCGAGGAUGAGGAGAAGGAGAACGAGGCGGAGAUCCAACGGCUGGAGGAGCAGCUUUCCAUCAAUGCUUUUGACUACAACUGCCACUUGGAUCUGAUAAAGCUGCUUCGCCAGGAGGGAGAGCUGGUGAAGCUCAGAAGAGCUCGGCAGAAGAUGAGUGAACUCUUCCCACUUACUGAAGAAAUUUGGCUGGAUUGGUUGAAGGAUGAGAUAAAAAUGGCUUCUGAAAUCUCAGAGCGAGAGAAAGUUUAUGAGCUGUUUGAGAGAGCUGUGAAAGACUACAUCUGUCCUGAAAUUUGGCUGGAAUAUGCCCAGUAUUCAAUCGGUGGCAUUGGUCAGGAAGGGGGAAUUGAGAAAGUUCGCUCCAUAUUUGAGAGAGCAUUGACAGCAGUGGGGCUGCACGUGACAAAAGGAACAGCUCUGUGGGAAGCUUACCGUGAGUUUGAGAAUGCCAUCCUGGAGACAGCACAGCCAGCUCCUGGCAGCGUUCCGUCCCCUGAGCAGCAGCAGAUGCUCUGCAGCCAGCUUGAGAGGAUCCACACGCUGUUCAGGCGCCAGCUGGGGAUCCCACUGUUAGAUAUGGAGGCUUCAUAUGCUGAGUAUGAGGAGUGGUCCGAAGAUCCGAUACCAGAAACAACAAUAAAGAGCUACAAAAAAGCUCUCCAGCAGUUGGAGAAGUGUAAACCAUACGAAGAGGCACUGCUGGGUGCUGAGACACCGAAGCUGGCAGAAUACCAAGCUUACAUUGAUUUUGAAAUGAAAGCUGGUGAUCCAGCUCGCAUUCAGUUGAUCUACGAGAGAGCUUUGGCUGAGAACUGCCUUGUACCUGACCUGUGGGCACGCUACAAUCAGUAUUUGGACCGGCAGCUGAAAGUGAAAGAGUUGGUUUUGUCUGCCCAUGACCGUGCUGUCAGGAACUGUCCUUGGACCGUUGGGCUCUGGAUUCAGUAUCUUUUGGCAAUGGAGAGGCAUGGAGUUGAUCACUGCAUUAUUUCUGACAUGUUUGAAAAGGCUCUGAAUGCAGGCUUUAUUCAGGCAACAGACUAUGUAGAAAUCUGGCAGGCAUAUCUUGACUACCUGAGAAGAAGGGUGGAUUUCACACAAGACUCCAGUAAAGAACUUGAAGAGCUGCGAUCUGCGUUUGCCCGUGCUGUGGAGUAUUUGAAACAGGAAGUAGAAGAGCGCUUCAGUGAAAGUGGAGAUCCAUCCUGUACUAUCAUGCAGAACUGGGCAAGGGUUGAGGCCCGCUUAUGUAAUAACAUGCAGAAGGCCAGAGAGCUCUGGGACAACAUUAUGACUAAAGGGAAUGCCAAGUAUGCUAACAUGUGGCUGGAAUAUUAUAACCUGGAAAGAGCUCAUGGUGACACCCAGCACUGCAGGAAGGCCUUGCAUCGAGCAGUGCAGUGCACAAGUGACUAUCCAGAGCAUGUCUGCGAGGUGCUGCUCACACUGGAAAGGAUAGAAGGAACAUUGGAAGACUGGGAUGCAGCUGUUCAGAAAACAGAAAACAGAUUAGCUCGUGUUAAUGAACAGAGAGCAAAGGCUGCUGAGAAAGAAGCUGCUCUGGCAAGGCAGGAGGAGGAGAAAGCUGAGCAACGAAAACAAUCUCGAGCGGAAAAGAAAGCUUCCAAAAAGGCGAAGAAAAAUAGGAUUGGAGAAAAGCGCAAAGCAGAUGAUGAUGAUGAGGGUGAAUGGGGACAAGAAGAGGAAGAAGAGCAACCCAGCAAGAGACAUAAGGGAGAUGGUGAUGGUUUGCUUCUUGAAGAAGACAUGGAGCUGGAAACUGGGCUGUUUGGAAGAAGUGGACCUGAGAAACCAGAUCACUCCACAAACCAGAAGGAAAAGCCAUCCACCAGCCGAAAAGACGUCCCAAAAGUUCUGCAUGACAGCAGCAAAGACAACAUCACCGUCUUCGUCAGCAACCUUUCCUACAACAUGACAGAUCCUGAAGUAAAACUGAAAGAGCUCUUUGAGAGCUGUGGGGAGGUUGCUCAAAUCCGUCCAGUUUUCAGCAACAAGGGGACUUUCCGGGGCUACUGCUAUGUGGAGUUCAAGGACGAGAAGUCUGCUCUGCAGGCUCUUGGGCUGGAUCGUAAAGUCGUGGAGGGAAGACCCAUGUUUGUUUCUCCUUGUGUUGACAAGAACAAGAAUCCAGACUUUAAGGUGUUCAGGUAUAGUACUACACUGGAGAAACACAAGCUGUUUAUAUCUGGUCUGCCAUUUUCCUGCACUAAGGAGGAGCUGGAAGAUAUAUGUAAAGCCCAUGGGAAUGUGAAAGACAUUAGGCUGGUCACCAACCGAGCUGGAAAACCCAAGGGCCUGGCCUACGUGGAAUUUGAAAACGAAGCCCAGGCCUCGCAAGCCGUGCUGAAAAUGGAUGGCCUGACAAUUAAGGAACACGUCAUCAAGGUGGCAAUCAGUAACCCACCUCUCCGAAAGCUGCCAGACAAGGCUGAGGCAGGCAGAGCCUCCCAGUUUGCAGUGCCACGGCAGAUUUAUGGAGCGCGAGGGAAGGGAAGGACACAGCUUUCCAUGAUGCCUCGAGCAUUGCAACGCCAGAGUAAUCCUGUGGCUAAGGCUGAGAAUGGGAUGGUCCAGAAUUCACCAGCAACUUCGUCUGAAAGCACUGAGGAGCCUAAAAAGAUGUCCAACGCUGAUUUUGCCAAGAUGCUGCUGAACAAGUGAGCAAAUGGUCAGCAAUCAGCUGAGCUGGUAAAAUGUGAAAUGCCUUUAUGGAAGCCAUGUUGUGUCCUUAUGCUAGCAAGGAGAGAACGCCAGUCACAAUCACAUGUAAAUACUGUUCUGGACUACUGCAUUCAUUAAGAUCAGAGUAGGAUGGAACAAAUCCACUUUCCUCUGUUUUUUAAGAGCAAAGAGUUAUACUACGUUCUGGUAAAAUGGCGUUAUGUGAUUCCUCAUAUUGAGGGUAAUGAGGGGGAAACAUUUCCUGUACAGGUUGGAUGCCACACCGUUUUCUGAAUACUUUACAGAUAUUUCUCUUUCAUUAAAGAAUGAGAUGCCAUGUGAAGGCCUGGCCACAACCUGGUUGAGAUCCACUGGUCAGAAGCUCAGAUUGUGAUUGCAGUCAUUCUCUCUGACGACAGACCCGUUUUACACCGAAACAUGUUCACACCUUGAUCUCCUUCCAUUAAGAGUUAGAUGGCAAAUGCUAGUAACUUCACCACAAUGGCCUAUUUUAGUAUUGGGAGAGUUUCUAUACAUUUCUGUGUAUAUGUAUAUACACAAUAUACAUAUAUGUGUAUUCAGUUAAUGUUCUGUUCAAGUUGACCCGUUUUUUAUAUUGUGUAUUUGUAAAAGACAUUCAGAUUAUUUUUAAGUGUCAUGAGAUAAUACUUAGACCUGGUAUUUUUUCCCCAUGAAAGCUGUACAUGCUCUUGCUGAGGACCAUUUUUUUUGUUAGUUUUUUUUUGCUAGCUAGUUCAUCUAUCUUUUGCAGGUGGUUUCUGUAUGGUUUUGUACAAAUGUGAAGUGCACGCUGAAGUUUCACAGUUUAUUAAACUCAAGUUCUCAAAGGUUUUCUAUAAAUACUGUUGCUUUUGUUGAAAUGUGGGUGUUGGAAUUGCACUUAUCCUAUGGCAGCUAGUUAAUACUGAUGUACCUCACCUCUCAGGUGCGCUGAGAUACAGUGUCACUUGCAUACCUUUAAGUAGUUCAUUCCAUUUAGUAUGAGUAUCUUGAAACCACUUCAGUAAUCACCUCAGACUUGAAAAUAACCUGGUACAUGGUCAUGGAUAGAAAUAUUACUGCUUAUCUAAAAAUGCUGCUAACUGGAAGUCAGCACGUGGGGGGUUUGAAUGUGAGGGGGAGAGCAGCACCGAGUUCACUUGUACAACAUAAGCACUGCUGCAAAUAAACACUAUUUUCAGUGCUUACUUUC